AUUUUUUCUCCACAAUAACUUUGGGCACCUUGGUGCUUUGUUUGUAUUUGACGGUGCAGUGUAAGGUUGGUAGUUGGAACCAUGGUAGACUCGGUAAUGCAGGCUGUACAGUGGGACGCCAAUGCGGAUGUUUUGUCACUAGUAGAUGUGUCUGUACCCACAGCUGGACAUGGACAGGUGGUCAUAAAGGUGGCCUAUGCCGGGGUGUGCGGCACAGAUCUACACAUCAUCCAGAAAGAGUUCCCUGCGGCCGAGAAGGUCAUUCUGGGUCACGAGUUCUCCGGGGUUAUUACAGAGGUCGGUCCAGGUGUGACGGGCUUCACGACAGGUGACCGUGUGUGUGUCAACCCUAACCGUGGCUGUGGGAACUGCAGGGAAUGUUUCAAGGCACAAACCAACCAUUGUCAGAACGGUGGACUGAGAACGACCAUAGGGAUUUUUCAAAACGGAGGCUUCGCCAACUUCUGCGUGGUCCCGUCAGAGCAGGUGCACCAACUUCCGGCGGAAGUGACUCUUCCCCAGGGCGCUCUGUGUGAGCCUCUCUCGUGCAUUCUACGCGGCUGGGAAAACCUGAACAACCCAUCCUUGGACUCCCGGAUACUUAUUCUAGGGGCGGGAAUCAUCGGGGUACUGUGGUCCACGAUCUUUCACCACAAGGGUUAUCGGAAUGUGACUGUGAGUGAGCCGGCAGAGGGGCGGCGCAACAGGAUAUCUGCUCUGGAACUUGGGUACCAGGCAGUUCAUCCUGAUGAACUAAAGGCCUGCAUCACUGAUGAAAACCUUAGAGAGACUGGAUAUGACGUCAUCGUGGACUGCAGUGGAUUUCCGCCCGCUAUUGAGCAGGCCUUUUCCUGGCUCAAAAGCGGAGCCACCUUCGUCCAGUUCGGCUGCUGCCCACCCAAGGAGAAAAUCUCCAUCUCUCCGUUUGAGAUUUUUUCGAAGGAGUUGAAGAUCGUGGGCUGCCUCAUCAACCCCUUCACCAUGGUCAACACUGUGGAGGGGCUGGCGCGGGGCAUGUCGGGAAGCUACCUGAGCGACUUCUCCCGACUGGGCAUUAAGAUGUUCCGCCUGCAGGAGUACCAGGAGGCCAUUGCGCAGCUCAGGAAGGGAGACAUCUCCAAGGCCAUGUUUGAAUUUUAGAACAACAGUUAAG